AUGGCGGUUCGAGAUUGCCAAUGUCAAACUCAACACCCUCAAGUGACAGCAGCUUCAGGAGAAGGCCGUGCAAAGGGGGAAGGACACUUGGACAGUUUAAUUUCAAAGGGUUUUGGAAGUUAA